CCGGCUGAGAGAAAAAUGUCAGAGACUUCACAAACAAAUUCCGGAUCUGUUUCGUAAGUAGGAAUUAUUUACUCUGAGGCUGUUUAACUUCUAAAUCUCUACAAAGAAAUGGAGAAUAGAGAUGAUAUCCUUCUGAGGGCCAUGGACGAAGAAAGAAGAAUAGUGUCCUGGAGAAAGUUCUAUGUCCACCUGUCAGGAAGGACCAAUGAUGCUCAUCUUCCCUGGGUAUCAAGAUUUGAAGGUAUUGGCCAAGUUAAGGUGGACUCUGCUGAGGACAGUGACUACAUCCUGCUGUUCUGUCCCAUCACAUCCAAAGUUGGAACAGACAUCAGUGAGGCUCUGGAAAACCCUCCAGCUGGUGACAAAGAAGUCAUCCUUGUGGUGAUGCAUCACACCUUCAACAGAGAUCAUGUUGUGGCUGACAGCAGGUGGCAGGUCAACGACCCAAAAGUCCGCCUGGUUGUGGACACUCUGUUCUUCGAGGGAUGUCCUCUGCAGUCUAACCGCAAUGAAAUCGCAUGGGAUGAAAUCAAGAAGUUUCUUGGUGUCUGUGGCCGUGCUGAGUCCAUUCAGGCCUCUAGCGGUGGCUUCAUUGAUUGCUUGCCCGUGAAAAAGUUCUAUGUCCACCUGUGGGGAAAGACCAAUGGCGCUCAUCUUUCCUGGGUCUCGAAAUUUGAAGGUAUUGGCCAAGUUAAGGUGGACUCUGCUGAGGACAGUGACUACAUCCUGCUGUUCUGUCCCAUCGUAUCCAGAGUUGGAGCAGACAUCAGUGAGGCUCUGGAAAACUGGAAAACAGCUGGUGACAAAGAAGUCAUCCUUGUGGUGAUGCAUCACACCUUCAACAGAGAUCAUGUUGUGGCUGAGAGCAGGUGGCAGGUCAAAGACCCAAAGGUCCGCCUGGUUGUGGACACUCUGUUCUUCGAGGAUGUCCUCUGCAGUCUAACCUCAAUGAAAUCGCAUGGGAUGAAAUCACAAAGUUUCUUGGUGUCUGCUCCAUUCAGGCCUCUAGUCGGUGGCUUCAUUGAUUGCUUGCCCGUGAAAAAGUUCUAUGUCCACCUGUGGGGAAAGACCAAUGGCGCUCAUCUUUCCUGGGUAUCGAAAUUUGAAGGUAUUGGCCAAGUUAAGGUGGACUCUGCUGAGGACAGUGACUACAUCCUGCUGUUCUGUCCCAUCGUAUCCAGAGUUGGAGCAGACAUCAGUGAGGCUCUGGAAAACUGGAAAACAGCUGGUGACAAAGAAGUCAUCCUUGUGGUGAUGCAUCACACCUUCAACAGAGAUCAUGUUGUGGCUGAGAGCAGGUGGCAGGUCAAAGACCCAAAGGUCCGCCUGGUUGUGGACACUCUGUUCUUCGAGGGACGUCCUCUGCAGUCUAACCGCAAUGAAAUCGCGUGGGAUGAAAUCACAAAGUUUCUUGGUGUCCGUGGCCGUGCUGAGUCCAUUCAGGCCUCUAGCGGUGGCUUCAUUGAUUGCUUGCCCGUGAAAAAGUUCUAUGUCCACCUGUGGGGAAAGACCAAUGGCGCUCAUCUUUCCUGGGUAUCGAAAUUUGAAGGUAUUGGCCAAGUUAAGGUGGAGUCUCUUGAGGACAGUGACUACAUCCUGCUGUUCUGUCCCAUCGUAUCCAGAGUUGGAGCAGACAUCAGUGAGGCUCUGGAAAACCUUCCAGCUGGUGACAAAGAAGUCAUCCUUGUGGUGAUGCAUCACACCUUUGACAAUGAUCAUAUUGUGGCUGACAGCAGGAGGCAGGUCAACAACACAAAUGUCCGCCUGGUUGUGGACACUCUGUUCUUCGAGGGAUGUCCUCUGCAGUCUGACCUCAAUGAAAUCGCAUGGGAUGAAAUCAAGAAGUUUCUUGGUGUCUGUGCUGAGGUCCCCAGCCGUGGCUUCAGUGAUUACUUGUCCUGGAGAAAGUUCUGUGUCCAGCUGUCAGGAAGGACCAAUGACGCUCAUCUUCCCUGGGUAUCAAGAUUUGAAGGUAUUGGCCAAGUUAAGGUGGACUCUGCUGAGGACAGUGACUACAUCCUGCUGUUCUGUCCCAUCACAUCCAGAGUUGGAACAGACAUCAGUGUCGCUCUGGAAAACCUUCCAGCUGGUGACAAGGAAGUCAUCCUUGUGGUGAUGCAUCACACCUUCAACAAAGAUCAUAUUGUGGCUGACAGCAGGAGGCAGGUCAACAACACAAAUGUCCGCCUGGUUGUGGACACUCUGUUCUUUGAGGGACGUCCCCUGGAGUGUAACCUCAAUGAAAUCGCAUGGGAACAUAUCAAGAAGUUUCUUGGUGUCUGUGCUGAGGUCCCCAGUCGUGGCUUCAGUGAUUACUUACAGACAAAAGCUGCCUCAUUGAAGACACAAUUUGGGAAGCAAUUUGCGACCAAAAUAAAGUGGGGGUGGCCACAAAGAACCAACCCUCAGGCAGAGUUCGUUUUUAGCCCGGACUUUCCACAUGUGACCAACAAAGCCCCUCACACCACCCUGAAUGUAGAUACUAUGCAGUUGGCCAGUGCCAGUCGGGACAUCGCUGAGUACAGUGAUGAUCAGCAGGAGGAGGAGGAAAUGUCGGAGAAUGCCACCUCCAUGUUACAGUUGUCAUGUAAAACCCAGCAGGAGUCAAGUGCAUCACAGUCCAGUCCCAAGCCUGUGCCUGCUGAAAGGGCACGUAAAGCCGAAAAGAAAAGAAAUGUCUCACAAACACUGCUUGAUGCCAGUCAGGAUGUAGACGAAAUGUUUGGCAAGCAGGUUGUGUGCGAAUUAAAACAAAUUAAAGAUACAGCAACAAAAACUAGACUCCGUAGAAAUAUCCUUGUAAUGAUAUAUGAUGCAGCAGAGGCUGAGCAGAGAGCUGCAUCAAAUCAGUCCAAAUAAACCCAACACCCCCAAUAUACACUCCCAUGAGACCUUGGCAGGAUGACGCCAGUCACCUGCUUCAACCUACUUACCAUCCAAAAUACCAAAUGUUAACACCUAUACCAGAGAGCCUCUUGACAGAACUGGAGAAAUGCAACCUGCAGAAAGAAAAACUUCUCUCAACCUCAAGCAUGUGUAUGUAUGAUGUGUGUGUGUGUGUGUGUGUGUGUUUACAUUUAAUAUCAAUAAAUUCCUUCCAUUCUUUCAGAAAUGUUUUUUUCUUUGAGAUUUCUUUGAAAUUUACCUUAACAAUUUCACAUUCAGCAAGAAUGUGCUCUACUGUUGCAGCAAGAAUGUGCUCUUUGACAAAAAAGGAUUUGUAUACUUUUAAUACAAACAAAAACAUCCAAGGAGGCAGAAUGCUUGGACAGAUACAAAACAGAGGACAAACUUUUACUCCAGGCGUCAGCUGAACUGACAAAUAGUAGUCUCUAAGUCAAGGUAGGGCCAUGCCUCCCCUCCCUACUGGCUGCUGCAGCAUUUAAUAUCUUACUCUUGGUCGUCUAUCAUUCCAGAAGGAUCUUGCUAAAUGUUCACCUCGCUCCCUGAAUAGUUUUAGAGGAACAUCUGGAAGGGCUGUGAACAAAUACAACAGUCUUGGAAGAAUUUUCAUUUUCAGGUUGAGAGGAAGCAAGCCCCACCUGUCCAGGUCAUCAUAGAUUUUCAUAUAUCUUUCUGUCAACAAAACACCCAAAUAUUGAAUAUGUGUUUGGUAUUAUUUCUGUCAAUGCAGGAGCUUCGUUUUACGUUGCCAUGUCAGCAGUAGUUCAUGUCAGUAUUGUUUUUGAAAAGAGUAUUCAAAGCUAGAAUUAUAGCUCUAAUGUUACAUUCGUACUUGUACUUUUUGUAGCAUGUGAAUGUUUAACUGAGUCUGUUAAUGAUUUAUGUUCAGUCGAAUAUUUUUGGUGUAUAAGGAAGACAUAAAAAUAGCCAUGUAAAAGAAGGAUUUCUGCUGAUUUUUUGCUCAUUAAAAAACCCGAUUUGUGUGAUUUCCUUCAUGAAUAAAUAAUUAUU